AUGCAUCAUGAACCGCCUGUGUCUGGUCAUCAGUCAGCAUUAACAGCUACUAGUACAUAUGCGGAUGAUUCGUUAAUGUCACCUACUACUACUACUGCUACUGCUUCACAAAUACAUCGUGGUAUGACUCAAUCACAAUCAUCAUCUGGUUUAAAAUCACGUUUAUUCAAUGCACUUGGUCUACAACAGCAACAACAACAACCACCACAAACUUAA